AGAAUGCAAACCUUUAAGAUCCAAGAUUGUGCAACUCGCACGCCUCCCCCUGCUCCCAUCCAAAAAAAAUAAUAAUCAGAAGCACUCUUAUUACAGCAUUGGCACAAGUAUUACUCAUUCAUUCAAGUUCAGGCACUCAGAGUAUUUAUUAAGGGUUUUCUGUGUUCCAUUCUCAGUCUCCUCUCUGCUAGGGUCUGACUGACUCAGAGACCUUUAAGUCAAGACGACGAACAGACUUUUAGGAAACAGCUAGAGAAUGCUGUCUCAGAAAAUAUUUUCCUUGAUUAUAGUAUGUUGUGCUUUCGGGACUUCCACUUCUGUACUGGAUGAAGAUGACUAUGAUCUCAUGUAUGAGAAUUUUGACAAUGAAAUUGAAGGUGUCAUUCCUCCUGCUGAAGAAACUCCUUCCUGUGACUGUCAGCAAGAGCACACAGAAUGGGACAAACUCUUCAUCAUGCUUGAGAACUCACAGAUGAAAGAGAACAUGUUACUUCAGUCUGUUGAUGAAAUCCUGAAGGUGGAAAUGCAAACCCUAAAAGUAGAAAUGAUGCAGUUUGUGGCUAACUUUGCUGGCAUGAGCACCACAGCCAUUGAAAAAAUCUCUUCCCAACUGGUGCUACAUGUAGACGAAAUGCUUCUGAAGAAUCACAGACAAGUUCAGGAAUCCAAGAAUCUUCAAGCAUCUGAACAAGGAGAGUUUCUUGAAGAGCUUCUUACGCUGAACCACAAUGUGUCUAAAAGGCUCAGCCAGCUGGAAAGUGUUUGGCAGCAGAGAACUGAAGCAGAGGCUCAAGCUUUUCCACUGCAAGAUAAAUCCACUUACACCAGAGAGGACAAUUUGAUUUUGAAUUCUCUAUGGCAAGAACUACAGGAAACAAGAACUGAACUGAAACAAUCCCAAAAAUGGGCAGCUCAGCACUUGCUGCCAGCAGGAUGUGAAACAGCAAUUUUAUUCCCAAUGCGUUCCAAAAAGAUUUUUGGGAGUGUUCAUCCAACUGUUGCAAUGACACUCCAUUCCUUUACUAUCUGCGUUUGGGUCAAAGUGACAGAAAUGCUGAACAAAACCAUUGUAUUCUCCUAUGGGACAAAGAAGAAUCCAUAUGAAAUUCAACUCUACCUGAGCCAUGAGGCUGCAGUUCUUGCUGUGGGUAGUGACCAGGACAAGUUAAUUACCCAGAACACAGUUUCUGCUGGACAGUGGGUUCAUCUUUGUGGCACCUGGAGCUCAGAGAAAGGGACCACAUCAUUGUGGUUACAUGGAGAUCUUGUGGCUUCCACAUCAGACAUAGCAACUUCACAUAUAAUUCCAGAUGGAGGAAUUUUGCAGAUUGGCCAAGAAAAGAAUGGGUGCUGUGUGGGAGGGGGUUUUGAUGAAACUUUAGCCUUUUCAGGAAAACUAACUGGCUUUAAUAUCUGGGACAGGGUUCUCAGUGAUGAAGAGAUAAAACAGACUACAGGAGAAGAUUCAUGUAAUAUCAGGGGCAAUGUUGUUGGGUGGGGAGUUACAGAGGUUUUGCCCCACGGAGGAGCUCAAUACAUUUAAUAAAGUCUGAAAACCAGCAUCCUGAACUAUAGCUUAAAUGUUCUUAAGAAGAAUGUUCCUAACAACAAUGUACAAACACAAAUGUUCUUAACAAUGUACAAACACAGGAGAGCCUAAUGAACCUGAGCAUCUAAAAUCUCAAGAAAAAUUAGCAUUGUAAGACUACAGAUGAGGGACUGUGGAGGUUGGAUUUGAUCUCUGUUUGCUGUCUUGUCAAAAUACUGAAAAAACACAUCAGAAUGUUAUUGGAAAAGCCAUUCCUGAGCACAGACAGACUGCUGUCAUUCUAGCUUAGUGUUUUCAGGCUCAUAGACAAUGUGAGUCACCUGUGGACAUGUUGGGGCAGGAUUUAGCUCUUAUAAUCCUUCCUAAAUU